GGAGGGACACUGACCCAGAGGCCCCGAUGGAGAGCCGGCCUCCUUGGUGGCGGGCCCCACCGGGCCCCAUCCCAGCCCCCCGGCUCCUGGGCUUGUUCCUGCUCCCCUGGACCCUGCAGCUCGCAGGCACAGGAGGGCAGUCAGUGACCCACACCGGCCUCCCCAUUGUGGUAUCUCUGGCCAACAAGGCCGUGUCCUUCGGCUGCAGGAUUACCUACCCAUACACCCCCACCUUCAAGGACUUCACAGUCAGCUACUUUCACGUGGACCUCCUGGGCCAGACGAGCUCUGAGAAGAAGACCAGCUGCAAACCUGGUCCAGGCAGAGAGAACCAGACCCACACCAAAGAGUGUCGGAUCACCCCCAAGCUGCCUGACGCGUCUGCCACUGGCACCUACUACUGCUCCGUCCACUGGCCGGGCUCCAGGGUGACAGGCAACGGCACCUUCAUCCUGGUCAGAGACACAGGCUACCGAGAGCCCCCGCAGGGCCCCCAGGACCUCCUGCUUCUUUGCUUCAUCGGCCUCCUGGCUGUCCUGGGCAUCCUGGCCACGGCCCUGCUGCUCUGGAAGAAGAGACAGAUGCAGCCUCCACGGCAGCACACUGCCCAGAAGUGCCCGGGCCCCAGCGCUGCCAGCAGCCGGGAGCAGCCUCCACCCGAAUCCAUCUACACAGACCUGCAGCGCCGAGAGACCGAGGUCUACGACUGCAUCCAGAGUGAGGCCAGCAGCCCGCCCUCCAACCAGGACCUGCUCUCCCAGGAGAAACAACAUAGAUUUGAGGGUGACGGUGAAUUUAACCUGGUCUAUGAAAAUCUCUAGGACAAGCUCUGCCUGCCCAUGGGUCUUGCCCUGGAUCAGAGGCCCUGGGGCAGCCUCUCCCUCCAAAGGACUUGAUCUGUACCAGGAGCGAGGCCCCAGGGGUGCCCCAUCACCUCACCACCACAUUUAAGAGGGUGCCCUCUUGCCUUGGCUGGCCCCACCCCCACCGCCAUUCUGCAGCCCGGCCACACCCGCCGAGUGUGCCACAUCUCCGGACCUUUGCCCAAGCUGUUCCCUCUGCCAGGCGGGCCCUCCCUCCCUCCCCAAGGGCUCUCCUGAACACCACCCAGAGCCCUUCUUACCCUCUCUAGACACACGGGCCUUCUUGCACCAGCCUGAACCACCAGGAGGUUCCCGCCAGGGACCCUUGUCAGUACUGUGUGCACAGGGGUCCCAGCGUAGAUGAAUAAAGGAGCAACUAGGCAAA